AUGUCUGAACACAAUAGUAUCAAAGACAAUAGCUACCCAGCUGACAAACACAUCAAUAAAACCGAUGUGGUUAUAGAAGUCAGUGAAGAGAACGCAGAAAAAUCUCCAUUCAGCGCCUAUCAUGACGAAUACAACCCAAACGGGCUAUUUCCACCGACCGAAGAGCAAGAGCAAACUUUAAGAAAAGUCCCUGGCCAUCCUCCAUUGCAUUGUUAUUUGAUCUGUUUGAUCGAAUUUGCAGAAAGAGGUUCUUAUUAUGGGGUCUCUGGUAUUUUGACCAACUUCAUCCAAAGACCAUUACCAACCGGUAGUACCACCGGUGCCCCAGUGAGUAGAGAUAGCAGUGAAAACGCCGGGGCUUUGGGGUUGGGUUUACAAGUCGCCAGUGCCGUCACUUUAUUGUUGACUUUCCUUGCGUACGUUGCUCCGUUGAUUGGUGGUUAUGCUGCCGAUUCCAAGCUUGGAAGAUUGAAAGCCAUCUGGAUCGGGGUUAUUUUGGGGGCCAUCGCCCACGUUAUUUUGAUUAUCGCUGCUAUCCCUACCGUCAUUAUUGGUGGUAAAGCCCUUGCUCCAACCAUCAUUAGUAUCAUUGUUUUGGCUCUCGGUACGGGGUUCAUCAAACCAAACCUUCUCCCACUUUUGCUCGAUCAAUAUGAGGAUCCUGAUCUCGUCAAAGUUUUGAAAAGUGGUGAAAAAGUCAUUGUCGAUAGAAAAACUACCCUUCAAAGUAUUUCCAUGCAGUUUUACUGGUGCAUUAACAUUGGGGCGUUCUUGCAACUCGCCACCAGUUAUUGUGAAAGAGAUAUCGGGUUCUGGUUGGGGUACUUGAUUCCCGGGAUCCUUUACAUGAUCAUGCCUAUUGUGUUGUUAUUUUUGAACAAUAAAAUGAAGGUUGCCCCAUCGCAAGGCAGUAUUUUAGACGAAGUGUUCAAAGUGAUCGGGGUUGCUUAUAAAGGUGGUUGGGUUAACAGAUUGAAGAAUGGUGAGUUCUGGGAGUAUGCUAAACCAAGCAAUAUGAUUCAAAGAGGCCAGGAAACAUUCAGAAAGAAGCCGGUCACUUGGAGCGACGAGUUUGUCGAAGAUGUCAAGAAAACUUUCAAAGCUUGCAACAUGUUCUUUGGUUACUAUAUCAUUUACAACAUUUGUGACUCGGGGAUUUCUUCAUCGAUCGAAACUUCCCAAGCUGGAUCAAUGUCGACCAAAGGGGUUCCUAAUGAUUUGUUCAACAAUUUCAACCCCCUCACCAUCAUUGUGUUGAUUCCGAUUCUUGAUUACGGUAUUUAUCCAAUGUUGAGAAAGAAGAACAUCAAAUUCUCCACCGUCCACAGAAUUUCCUUGGGGUUCUUUUUGGCCGGUUUAUCGCAAAUCUCCGGGGCCAUCAUCCAAUGGAAAAUUUAUGAAACCAGUCCUUGUAGAUACGAAGCCUCGACUUGUGAUGAACCAUCUCCAAUUACUGCUUGGGUCGAAGUGGUGGUCUAUAUUCUUUCUGCGGCGUCCGAAUGUUUUGCCAUGACCACAGGGUACGAGGUUGCCUAUAGUAGAUCUCCCGAGUACUUGAAAGGGUUGGUGAUGGCGUUGUUCCUUUUCACCACCGCGCUUUCUGCUGCUUUAGGGGAAGCGUUGACUUCGGUGCUCGUGGAUCCAAAAUUGGUGUACGCAUUUGCCAUCCCUGGGGCCAUUGGGUGUAUUUCUGCGUUUGUCUUUGCUUAUCAAUACCGAAACUUGGAUAAAGAAAUGGAGCAAGAAGAAUUAGAAAGAGCCCUCAAACAGGCUCAAAAAGAAGGGGCGAUCAUUUUCAAGGACGAGAAAAUGAUCUGUUAA